GGGUGGGUAGCUAGGGUUUUGGUUGGGGAUGAGGAGGGCGGUUUGCGCCGCGGCCAGGCUUGGUGCCACUGUGCGCAGCUUUGCCACCGGCAAGGAGGCGUACGCCAGCCGCGAGGAGGUGACCAAUCGAGUGCUCAACGUGGUGAAGAACUUCCCCAAGGUGAACAUCCUCAAGCUCUCGCCAACAUCGCACUUCCAAAAGGACCUGGGGCUGGACAGCCUGGAUGCUGUCGAAGUGGUGAUGGCCCUCGAGGAUGAAUUCAAGAUCGAGAUCCCGGACAGCGACUCGGACAAGAUCGUCUCCUGCGCCGAUGCCAUCGAGUACAUCGCAACUCGGCCAUCCAAGAAAGAGUCCCUCAUCCAUCACUUUUGAGAUUGUAGCAAAUGCAGAUUAGGGGUUCGAUUCCCCGAGAGGCAACAUCAUCUUCUGCUUUACUUUC